AUGCAAAAUUUACCAAAAAGACUUUACAUCGCCGCGACAAUACCUGCAUCGGUCAUCGUAGGCCUCGGCACGCUUGCAGAGCAAAGCGAUCGUCUUGGUGUUGCCGUAACCACGCUAUAUGUGCUGUGGUUUGUGUUGUUUCUCGUGUUCAUCUGUCUCUCCUACCUAAGGGUCUCUCAAGACUCCGACUUCCACAGAAUCUGUUUCUAUCAUCUCAUCAUUAUUGGAGCGACGCUGGCCUUCCUCGGCUAUCUUCACAAUGGAAAUUACAAUGCCAAGAUUUCCUUCCUCUGGACUCCUUUUACAAUCCAAGUAGGAAUACUUCUAGCCGUCGGUCUCCAGGAAUGCGCUUCUGUAGUGUCUUGGAGAAAUUUCCGUAGACUUCUCCUGUCUUUUCUGGAUGGACUGCGGCUUCUCAUGGGCGCCCAAGACGAGCAUCUUCCUCUGUGA